AUGUAUAGAAUACCACUUGAUGAUUAUAAUUCAAACUUAGAUGCAAAAUUGAAUACUUGUUAAAGUACUAGAAAUUGUAAUUAACCAAAAAUCAAUUUUUCUGUUGAUAGAACAUCAAGAGCAAUGUAUAGUAUGAUUUAUGAAUUAUAGUUCUGGAAGAAGUAGUAAUGUCAAACAUUAAUUGGAUGUUUUAAUGGGAGUCGAACUUGAAAGAUUGAAUUUAGAGAAUGAUAGAUUAAGAUAUCAACAAAAAGAGGAGAAGGAAAGUGAUUAGGAAAAUAAAAAUAAAAAUUAUGAAAUUUAGUUAAAAGAUUAAUCUGAACAAUUAAAAAAGAAAGAACUUCAAUGUUAACAUUUAGAAAACAAAUUAACUGAUGCAAAUAAAAUGAUAGUUCAAAAGGAGGUGUUGAUACAAAAUUAAUAUUAAUAAAUAAAUUAGCAAUUAUAAGUAAUUUAAUAGUUAUAAUACACAAUAAAAUAAUUGGAAUGUAAAUUAGGAUUUCUAGUUUGUGAGAAUGAAAAUUUAAAUAAUAAAAUAAAUGAUGAAUAAUUGAAUUAAUAAUAAAUAAUAAAGUAACAAAAAGAUUAUGAAGAAUUAUUUAAAGUUUAUAAUUCUUUACUGGAAAAUUAUAAUUUAUAGAAUGAAAAAUUAAAGAGAAUUGAUAGUUAAUAUAAAGAAUUAGAAUAGAAUUAUUAAUAAAUUAUGGAAAAGAAAUAGUAAUAAGAGACAGAAAUAAAAAGUAAAAUGAUAUAAUAUGUUGAUUGUAAAUAGAAAUUGACUAUUUUAACAACUGAAUUGGAUCGUAUGAAUGAAGUUAUCAAAUAAUAAUAAUAAGAAUUUGAUUAAAAAUAAAUAAAAUUCUAAAAUAAAUAAUAGAUAUUAUUAAUUAGAAUAAUUUUACAUUGUGCUGAAAUUGAUCGAUUGAUAGAAGUAUAAAGUAAAUUAAUGAAUGAAAAUAAAUGGUAUCGUAAUUAAAUUGAUCUAUAUACUAUGAUUAUGGGAGAGAAUAAUAAAAUUAUUAAAUCAGAUAUUUGA